GUCGCGACGUUGCAUGGGUAGAGACGUCGGCGUCCUUCGGGUGUUUUAUCGAGACUCUCCCUUCGGGAAUCAGAAGCAUGCAGAGACGAGCGGUGGCGACAGCUCUGGUGACAGCCGUGACCUUGACACACUUCACCGUCAAGGCCGACCAAGAUGGCGUCGAGCCGCAUCCAACAUGGCCGUUUGCCGUCAAGGCCGACCAAAAUGGUGUCGAGCCGCAUCCAACAUGGCCGCCGCCUCCCCAACUGCCGCCAAUGGUGCAGAGCCACGAGCCCGGCUGCAGCUGCAGCGACCAUCGCGACCCGCCACGGCUGCUCGUCAAGUGCAAGUGUCGCGGCGACCACUUGCAGCGAGUGCCAAGCGACUUGCAACGCGGGUUGCACAUCUUAUCCAUUACAAGAGCAGCCAUAGAAGUUUUGGCCGCAGACUCCUUCCAGCCUUACAGAGAGAGCUUGACUGAUUUGUCUUUAGUUCGACUACCAAAUUUGAGGCUCAUUGAGCCAGGAGUAUUUAACAAUCUACCACAUCUGAGAACGAUAGAUAUCCAUUCAGCUCCGUUGUUGACGAUUAUAUCUGAUGCUGUUUUCCAAACUCAUCUUCCCAGAUUGAGGAUAUUUCGCUGCACAAACACUGGCCUGCAACAGAUUCCUGCCCUUCGUGACCUCGAAUCAAAACAUCAGUUGCAUUUGGUGUCAUUGAAUUAUAAUCAGAUAGAGGAAAUCGAAGCGUUUGCUUUCCACAACAGCACUAUAGCUACUUUAAGUUUAAAAGGGAACCGAAACCUGCAUAUAUUGAGUGAAGAUUCAUUUUCUGGAUUGAACAGCCUUCGCAAACUCGACUUGUCGGAAACGGCCAUCACUUUCCUGCCGACUUUGGGACUGCGUGGCCUGGAUGAACUCAGGCUGCAAGGUACCACCUCGCUCAAGGUUUUUCCAUCCGUCUAUAGCUUCGACUCGCUGAAAGACGUCUACCUAACAUACUCCUGUCAUUGCUGUGCAUUCCGCUUCCCAGCUAGACAUGACCCAGCAGGCUUCAGAAGGCACAAGGAAUUUGUUGAGAAAAUGAUAAGAGAUUGCUCAAGCAGUCAUUUAGGAGAGAACGUCUCGUAUAAUGACAGAGCCAAUCAGCAAAAUAUUAGUUUUGGGCCAGCAAACACUUCAUUCUGGAAUAACAUAGAGUUCACAUCAGGCUCAUCAACCACUUCUUCAGAAGAAACGUUUCAUUCUAUUGUUGCAGUGUCACCCAACGGUCAGCUUCAGGUGAGAUGCGGUCACAUGCUAGGCGGGGGCGGUUCAAAGGGGCGGUUACAAGGAGAGGGACCACGCUGCUUUCCCGCCCCCGAUGCUUUCUCGCCAUGCGAAGACCUGCUCGGAAGCGGAUGGAAGGUGCGUAUCUCGGCAUGGCUGGUGUCUCUGUUCGCGCUGGUGGGCAACACGUGUGUUCUGUUGGUGCUGUUGAGCUCUCGCUUCCGAAUGAGCGUGCCCAAGUUCCUGAUGUGCAACCUGGCGCUGGCCGACCUUUGCAUGGGCCUCUACCUCCUCCUCAUCGCCAUUGCUGACGCGCGAUCUCAAGGCGCCUACUUCAACUACGCCAUCGACUGGCAGAAUGGUAUAGGGUGCCAAGCAGCCGGCUUCCUGACAGUGUUCGCUAGUGAGCUAUCAGUGUUCACACUGUCAGUGAUCACCAGCGAGCGAUGGUACACGAUCACCUACGCCAUCCACCUCAACAAGCGACUGCGACUCGGGUCGGCCUCUCGCAUCAUGGCCGCCGGCUGGCUCUACUCGAUCGCCAUGGCCGCAUUGCCACUCCUUGGCGUCAGCAGCUACUCCAUUACCAGCAUAUGUUUGCCGCUGCAGACGAGCAGUGCGGUGGAGACGGUCUACCUGGCGACCAUGCUGGCCGUGAACGGAGUGGCGUUCGGUGUCGUGUGCGUGUGCUACGGCCUCAUGUACGCGUCCAUACGCGGCCAGGGUCAGGGCCGGUCAGGUCGCGUCAGGUCCGAUCUCAGUGUAGCCAAGCGCAUGGCUCUGCUGGUGCUGACGGACCUGGUGUGUUGGGCGCCCGUGGCAUUCUUCGGCCUUACCGCCCUGGCGGGCCAUCCCCUCAUCGACCUCCCCACCGCCAAGCUGCUGCUAGUCUCCUUCUACCCCCUCAACGCAUGCGCCAACCCCUACCUAUACGCCCUGCUCACCCGACAGUACAGGCGCGAUCUCCUAGCCUUGUUCGCCAGGUACGGCAUCUGCUCAAAGCAAGCGGCGACACGCCAUAGAGGCGGGUUGGCAGGGUGCGGUGGCCACGGAGAGGCAAGGGGCACGGGUGGCAGAGGGAGCCGUGCGGGGGAGGGGGAGAUGGUCUGGGGGGUAGUGGCAGGGAGUCUGGGGCACAGCCCCCAUCACACCGGGGGUCUGUACUCACCACCAUGACCUCUUUCGACUGCUCUACGCGGCCAGGAUCGCUCGCCACAAUACCAGAGCUCAGGCAGUUGGAUGCAGGGUCUGUUGGAUCUCAACAGAGUUUGAAGGAAUUGGCUGAAAUCUACCCAAGUGCCCUCAGAUUCAAACCGAGGCCAGUCUUCAAUCGAAGCAGUUCGCAAGGAGACAUCUGAUGUACAUGGCCACUUCUGCUUUCGAUUACUCUAUCAUCCUCAACAUCCAUUAUCUCCCCCCUAUAAUACUCAUGUUAUAGUUACAAAUUCUACAAAACUAUUGAGUAACUUAACUUGUCUGUUAAUAUCAUUCAUUCUUUGUAUACCAGAUGUAAAAUUAUUUGCAAUAUUUAUAAACAACUUUUGAAGACAA